GGUGCGUGGCAGCGGCGGUUGUGAACUAUAAACUUCCUGUAUGAACAUCCGGUGCUUCUCUUCCACCGGUCCGAGUCAACAUGGGGCGAGUCAGGACCAAGACAGUCAAGAAGGCCGCCAGGGUCAUCAUUGAGAAAUACUACACCCGCCUGGGCAGUGACUUCCACACCAACAAGAGGGUGUGCGAGGAGAUCGCCAUCAUCCCCAGCAAGCCUCUGCGCAACAAAAUUGCUGGGUAUGUGACACACCUGAUGAAACGUAUCCAGCGAGGUCCAGUCAGAGGAAUCUCCAUCAAGCUGCAGGAGGAGGAGAGAGAGAGGAGGGACAACUACGUCCCAGAGAUUUCUGCUCUGGACCAGGAGCUCAUCGAGGUGGAUCCAGACACAAAGGAAAUGCUCAAGAUGCUGGAUUUCAGUGGCCUUUCCAACCUUCAAGUCACUCAGCCAACUAUUGGAAUGAACUUCAAAACACCACGCGGACUGUAGAAUCAUGUGUAACAGUCUUAAUAAAGAGGCAUAAUUAAGAA